AUGAUCUGGAGACGGCACGAGGCGUCGGCGACCCUUGCGUUAUCACCGACCAGCAGGACUCGCGGGAGACAUCAAACCAGCAGCGUUAACGUGUUUACGCCUGCGUCGAACGGGCUAGGUUCGCACCGGAAGACGGCCAACGCCGGUGGCGGCAUCAGCAGCAGACCAGCAACUAUGCUGGACUCUAGCCUCGUGCGCUCGGCAAGGGUGGUCAAGGCCAUGGAGGCCACCGAUCGAGGCUUCUACACCCCUCAAGAUGCCUACGAGGACAGGCAAGAGGGUGGGGCGAGGGAGAUUAACGAUGGGCUGGAGGCUUGUAGGCCGCCUCAGCCGAUCGGCUUCCGGGCCACCAUCAGCGCGCCGCACAUGCACGCCCACGCGCUGGAGGUGCUCUCGCCGGCCAUACCGAUGGACGGGGGUCGGGUGCUCGACGUUGGCGUCGGCUCCGGAUACCUCGCGGCAGCCUUGUCUAGGAUGGUGGGAGCGAGUGGGGUGGUGUACGGACUGGUGAGACAGCGUAACAGCACUCUCAGUAGGGUGGACUACAUCCAGCAACUGGUGGAACUGUCAAGAACGAACCUCGACAAGGACGACAGCACCAUGCUAUCCUCGGGGAGAGUCGUCUUGAAGACCGCGGACGGAUGGAGAGGGUGGCCCGAGAACGGUCCGUACGACGCGAUUCACGUCGGUGCGGCGGCGGAGAGCAUCCCCAUGGACCUCGUCGCUCAGCUGAAGGUCGGGGGGCGCAUGGUUGUGCCAGUCGGGCCCCCGUCGGAGACGCAGAUGCUCGUGCAGGUGGACCGUGUCAAGGAUACCGGGCCGAUCUCCAAAAGCUUCACUACCCAAAGCCUUAUGUCCGUCGUGAAAGGAUGUUGUUUCGCAGCGAUAAUGGCGCUUAUCGAACUCGAGGAGGUGGCACGGGUAACGAAAGGCCUCAAGAACUGGAAGGCACCCGACCAUGACUCCCUCCCCGCCGAGUUGCUCAAGAUCGAUGACGACGAACCCUUCGUCCUGGGACACCUCCAUACCAUCCUCGUCAAGGUGUGGAACGGAGGAGAUACACCGCGAGAGUGGAAGGAUGCAACCAUCAACGUGCUGUACAAGAUGGGUGACCGGUCCAACUGUAACAACUAUAGGGAAAUUUCGCUACUAUCUCACGUAGGUUAGGUCCCCAUCAAGAUCAUCACCAACCGUCUAAGCGCCUUCUGCGAAGCCAAUAACAUCCUCCCGGAGGAACAGUGCGGAUUUCGGCCCGGGCGAUCCACCGUC